CUUCUCCGAUUAUAUAAACACCCACUUACACUUUUCAAUAAACAUCUGGUCUACAAUUUCUUCAGAAUGUCUCUCACUUUCUUUGCCUCUCUGCGCCAUCGGGUUUCAAUGCGUUUUCCUCUUCUGCUAUACGCCGCCACAUGGACUGCGCUUCUGACGACGAUAGUGGCCGUGGCUUCUUUCUCGCCGGAGAUUGCUUUUGUAUCAGCGAUAUCUACGUCGUCGUCGUUUUCGCGGAAGUGCGAAGUAGAGGGAACCGUUAGAGUUCCGGUAGACUUGCCGGGAGAGAUUGUGUGCUUGCCGGCUCAACUGUUCGUGAAAUCAAAGAUUGAUUUGAUUGUUCCUCCAGUUUUCGCGGCCGUUGUGGUGGCUGGGUCUGCUUGGGUGGUUCGGGCAAUAGGCUUUCUGGGAUGACCAUGAGGCCCGUUGAGUUUUUUUUUUUUUUAAUAAAUUUUUUUAAUUUUUUUUCACCUUAAUAUAUUGCGAGAGAUUGAUAUAAAACGGUAAAACCGAGAUUUGAUUCUGCCGGUGGUUAUUGUUUUUAUUUUAAAAUUUGUUCUAAAAUAAGAUUAAAUUUCUAUUA